AUGGCACCUCAAGACGGAGGAUUUCUGAAAACAGCCAAGGACCUCACCGCAGGCACUGCUGGGGGGAUAGCACAGGUGCUUGUUGGACAGCCAUUCGAUAUCGUCAAAGUUCGAAUGCAAACAGCUCCGAAAGGAACAUAUACUGGCAUGCUUCACUGUGCAGGGGGGAUAUUAAAGAACGAAGGACCCCUGGCUUUCUACAAGGGGACUGUGUCGCCCCUGCUAGGGAUUGGUGUUUGCGUUUCUAUUCAAUUCGGGGUGUUGGAAUAUACCAAACGGUUCUUUGCGGAACGAAAUAUCAAGAAUGGUAUCGGAGGCGCCGAUGGACUGGCACUCGGGCCCGGUCAACUUGUUGCUGCUGGUGUAGCCGCUGGCGUAGCCAAUGGAUUUGCUUCGGGACCAGUCGAGCAUAUUCGCAUCCGCUUGCAAAUCCAAUCCACUGGCAACAAAAUAUACUCGGGGCCUCUUGACGCCAUCAAGAAAAUAUAUUCAUCUCAUGGUAUCGCUGGUAUAUACAAGGGGCAGGCGGUAACUUUCCUACGCGAAGCCAUGGGAUAUGGCGUAUACUUCCUUACAUACGAGAAACUAGUCCAGCGAGAGAUGCGGAUGAAGGGGAUCAAGCGAGAGCAAAUUUCUCCAGUGAAUUCCGUUCUAUAUGGCGCAGCAGCAGGCUACGCUCUUUGGGCUGUCAUCUACCCUGUUGACAUGAUCAAGUCGCGCAUGCAGACGGACGGAUUCUCGCCUACCACUGGGCAGAAGUACAAAUCCACUCUAGAUUGCGUCCGGGUAGUCUGGCGAACAGAGGGUAUUGGCGCGUUUACUCGGGGUCUAGGACCUACCCUCAUUAGGUCUCCCUUUGCUAACGGUGCCACCUUCCUCGGGUUUGAGCUAGCAAGCCGGUUGAUGAGUUGA